AUGGCAGGAGUCGCUGAAGCCGGCAGCGUAGCCCAGUAUACCAACGAGGGAAAAGCGCAAGAUCUUGCUCUUGACACAGUUAAUGCCGCAGCUGGAGAGUACACAGAGGCUGAUUAUAAGCGUGUUCUUCGAAAGAUUGACCUUGUGCUCUUGCCUCUGAUGUGGUUGUGCUAUGGUACCCAGCAGGCGGACAAGACAUCCAUCUCUACCCAAGCAACCUUUGGCAUGAGGGAGGAUACUCACCUCGUGGGCCAACAAUUCUCCUGGUUAAGCACUGCCUUCUAUCUAGCAUACCUCAUUGGAGAGGCUCCGGGAAACUACCUUAUGCAACGGUUCAAUGUCAAAAAGACAUUGUUUGUCUGCAUGUUUUCCUGGGGCGUAGUUGUCCUUUGCAUUGCGUUUACACACAAUUUCGCCCAGCUCGUUGCACUACGUUCGCUCCAAGGUCUAUUCGAAUGUACCAUUUCACCCGCCUUCCUCUUGAUCACAGCAUCAUUCUAUGUCAGUCGAGAGCACACAAUGCGGUCCAUUAUUUGGGGCACCUCAAACAGUGGCAUGGAUAUUCUUACCCAGUUGGUCAUGUACGGCAUUGGUAAAGCCGCCCAAGCAAACCCCAGCAGCUUCGGCCCCUGGCGAUACAUCAGCAUUUUUCUGGGCGUUUGGACAAUUCUGAUGUCUGGCUUUGCUCUGUUGGUGCUAGGAACCCCUAACGAGGUUCGCUGGCUAUCAAAGGAAGAGAAACGUAUUGCGGCAGCCAGAGUGGUGAGCAAUCAGACGGGCACGGAUAGGGAGCAGCACCAUGCCUGGCGUUGGGAUCAGGUCACGAUCGCGUUCAAAGAUCCGCAGACAUAUUUUUUCUUUGUCACAGUCAUCGUGAACUCGCUACCAAAUGGUGGGACAACAGCGUUUGGUAACCUGGUAUAUGUCUCAUUCGGAUUUACACCACUUGAGACUCUGGUCAAGGGAACCAUCCCACAAAAUCUUGUCACGAUUGCUUGGUUUCUCUUUGUUGGUAUUUUGACACUGAAGAAGCCCAAUUCCAGAUUUCUUCUCAUGGUUGCCUCGACUAUCCCAGCAUUUGUGGGCAUGCUGGCCUUGGGACUAUUACCAAAGGACGGAUUGUUGUGGACUCGAUGGGGCCUCUACUUGAUGACUGUUACGGGUCGAUUGCCAGGACUAAUGAUCUGGACAUUAUUGCCGUCCAACGUGGCCGGACGUACCAAGAAAUCAGUAACCGGUGCUGUUAUUUUCAUUGCAUAUUGCAUAGGUAACGCCAUUGGCGCCCAGACCUUCCGGGCUGAGUGGGCGCCAAGGUAUGUUCCGUCCAUCAUUAUCUGUGGAAUUAUGUACGCUACGGAAUGUGUAUUGUUUAUUAUUUGGCGGUUUUACUAUAUCAUGCAAAAUAAACGCAAGGCCAAAAUGGUGGCUGAACUGGGUUUGACUCCUGAACAGUCGGCGCAUGAGGGACAGCUGAAUGCAGAGUCGGAUAUGACAGACUGGGAAAAUAUUCAUUUCAAGUAUAGCAUGUAA